AGCAAAACAGUGCAAAAUAUGGAUUUUCAAGGGUUUUUCUGUUACUCAAUUUACACUUGCUUGGCAUUUCAAGUAGCGCAGAGCACCACGCUGGCGCACUUGAAAUCCCCACUCGAGAGCCAACACAGCAGUGAGGCGAAGAUAAUCAACGGCACCGAGGCGCUGUGGGACGGUACGAGGUAUCAGGUUUCGUUGCGUCUGACUGCGGGCGAAUGGCUCUUCGGUGCUGGACACAUCUGCGGCGGUGCGCUCAUCUCACGGCGCACCGUGCUCACUGCAGCGCAUUGCAUAUGGAUGCCCGCCAGUAAUCGUUUUCGGAAUGCCAGCGAUUUAUCGGUGGUUGUGGGAAAUUUGAAUCGUUAUCAGCGCGAUAACAAUACCUUGGUGCUUGGCGUGUCGCAGAUCUCGGUGCAUCGCGACUAUAACGCGACGAGCUACAGGAAUGACGUGGCAGUGUUGCAUUUGAAUGCGCGUGUGCCGGCGAACUUUACACGUGCACGUGCAAUACCGUUAAAUGGCGACCUAAAUUUGAACGCCAGCAACACCGUCUGCCAUGUAUCCGGCUGGGGACGCACCGAAAAUGGCGGUUACUCACCGCAGCUGAUGGUGGUCGAUGUGGCCAUUGUGAACCGGUCUCAAUGCGCUACCAAUUAUGGCGCACUGGUGCACGAUGGCAUGAUUUGCGCCGGCUAUAUGGAGGGUGGACGUGAUGCUUGCGUUGGCGACUCCGGCGGUCCGUUGGUGUGUGGCGAGCAGCUGGCGGGCGUAGUGUCGUUUGGUGUAGGCUGCGCGCAGCCGGGCUUUCCGGGCGUCUACACGGACGUGGCCAGCUAUGUGCCGUGGAUAAACAAUGUGACGAAGGCUUACGAGGAUGCUGGUGGCUUGAGCGAUGAUGGUUUGGGUAAUGGCGCGAACGGCGGUACUAACGACAGCGCUUCUUACAAUGGGACUGUUAAUAAUAGCGGCGUCAGCAUGAUGAGUUGCGCACACGCACUUAUUUUUGCCCUCUGCUCGCUACUCAUGCGGAUUUAUUAUCACAAUACCAUACUUCGAAAUGUACGCAUUAAUAGUGAACUAAUGGAGAUACAGGAAAUAUUUAUAUACAUAUCUGAAAAAUACGAAUCAAAGUGUUCGAAUAUGUUAAAAUAUGUAAUUAUUGCGCUCGCGUUCUGUGGUGUUCUACAAAUACAAUUAACGGCGGCAAGUGCUCCUAGCGGUAGCAAAGUGAGUUUCGAACUGGACGGUCGAAUUAUCAAUGGCACCGUGGCGAGUUUUAAUGAAACCAAACAUCAAGUUUCCAUACGUCGGCGUCUCAAUGAUGGAUACUUCUUCGGCACUGGUCAUCUCUGCGGCGGUUCGUUGAUUAGUUCGAAUGUGGUGCUCUCAGCGGCGCACUGCUUCGUGAAUUAUGAUAUCAAUAACGGCACAUUCCGUCCGGACGAGGACUACAUUGUGGUGAUAGGCAAUCUGGAUCGUUACGAACGCAACAACUACACGCUCAUUUUCGAUAUUGCGAAAAUCGUCUACAAUGUGAGCAUUUUCAAUCUGAGCACGUAUGAGUCGGACAUCGCUUUGGUAUUUUUAAACGAUUCUGUGCCAGCGAAUUACACCAGAGCUCAACCAAUUAAACUCAAUACCAAAGAGGUGCCCGAUCAAACAGUUUGCCAAGUGACCGGUUGGGGUCAAACUGAAAAUGGCUCCUUAUCGGAUAUUUUGCUGACUGUUGACGUGCCGAUCAUUAACGAUACCGCCUGUGCCAAUGACAUGCGCUUUAGCGCCGGCCUCAUCCGUGUGGGUAUGCUGUGUGCGGGCUAUUCGGAGGGUGAGCGUGACGCUUGUGGUGGCGAUUCUGGUGGCCCACUUGUGUGCAAUAACAGUUUGGCCGGCAUUGUAUCGUGGGGCAUUGGUUGUGCACAACCCGAUCUGCCAGGUGUUUACACGAAUGUUUCCUAUUGGUCGAAGUGGAUCGACGAGCAAAUCAGUGGCAAUAGUAGUGAUGGUACUAACACAGCCAGCACCAGUCAUGUAUCCGGCCUUAUCGCUUUCCUGACAGUAUUUUUUGUCUUUUACGCUGAAUGGUUAAAUGCUGAUAAUUUCAGUUUCAAUCAAGUUCGCUACCAAUAUAAUAUGCUAAGAUAUAUACUAAUUUUACUGACACUGUGCGCUAUUCUACAAUUCGGAGAUGCCGCACCAAGUGUAGCUCAAAUGAGUUUCGAACUAGAUGGACGCAUUAUCAAUGGCACGGCGGCGAGUUUCAAUGCCACCAAGCACCAAGUUUCAAUACGUCGGCGACACACUGACAGCUACUUCUUCGGCACUGGUCAUCUCUGCGGCGGUUCGUUGAUUAGUUCGAAUGUGGUGCUCUCAGCGGCGCACUGCUUCGUGAAUUACGAUAUCAAUAACGGCACAUUCCGUUCGCAUGAAGACUACAUUGUGGUGAUGGGCAAUCUGGAUCGUUACGAACGCAACAACUACACGCUCGUUUUCGAUAUUGCGAAAAUCGUCUACAAUGUGAGCAUUUUCAAUCUGAGCACGUAUGAGUCGGACAUCGCUUUGGUGUUUCUGAAUGGUUCUGUACCAGCUAAUUAUACCAGAGCACAAACAAUAACAAUGAAUACCCGACAAGUGGCUCAUGACACGGUUUGUCAGGUCACCGGUUGGGGUGAAACUGAACAGGGCCAUCUAUCGGAUAUAUUGAUGACUGUUGAUGUGCCGAUCAUUAAUGAAACUGUCUGCGCGAAUGAAAUGAGUUUUCAUCCUAGUUUGAUACGUGAUGGUAUGUUUUGCGCAGGUUAUCGGCAAGGUGAGCGUGAUGCUUGCGGUGGGGAUUCCGGUGGUCCACUUGUAUGUAACAACAGAUUGACUGGUAUUGUAUCGUGGGGUAGAUAUUGUGCGCAACCCGACCUACCAGGUGUUUAUACUAAUGUCUCGUAUUGGUCGAACUGGAUCGAAGAACAUACGGGUAUUAGAGGUGCAGGAGGUACAGCAAGCGUCAGUUAUGUAUCAGGUCUUUUGACCCUUCUAACACUGAGUUUUCUACCACUUUUAUGAACUAAUUUGUGCGCCGUCAUAGAGAGCAGACCGACGCAUUCGAUUGCAAGGACACAAUAUUUGAUUGCGGUUUCUUUUAGACAAACAGCGAGUUUCGGCAAAAUGGCGGCGCAACGAUUGAGAACACUUGUUUCGGCAGUUUUCUGCACUUUGUUACUGUCUCUGAUAUUACAGAGCGCAACUGUUGCAAUGGGCGCAAAUACCGGUGCCAUCGGUCUAGGCGGACGCAUCAUCAAUGGAACUUUGGCGAGUCUAAAUGCGACCAAGCACCAGGUGUCGAUCAGAAGGCGUACAAAUGAUCGUAUCUACUUUGGUGCCGGACACAUUUGUGGCGGUUCGUUAAUAGAGCCGAAUGUGGUGCUCUCCGCAGCACAUUGCUUUGUCAAUCAGGAGAUCAAUACGGGCAUUUAUCGUCCUGCUUCUGAUUACGUUGUGGUUAUGGGCACAUUGGACCGUUAUGAGCACACUAAAUACACGCUGCAGUUCGAUAUUGCUCAGAUAGUUUAUGGCGUAAAUCCCUUCAAUUUGGCCACUUAUGAGACUGAUAUUGCUUUGGUGUUUUUGAAUGGUUCGGUGCCGGCAGGACAUCCCACUGUACAGGCGAUUCAAAGAGCUACAACGGAGGUAGCCGCAGGCACUGUCUGCCAUGCGACGGGUUGGGGUCAAACCGAAAGGGGUGUAUUGUCCACAAAUUUACUGUCAGUUGACUUACCCAUAAUUGGAAGUAAUCAGUGUACCGCAGACACCGACUUCGCCAGGGGUCUGAUACGCGAUGGCAUGCUUUGCGCCGGUUAUCUGCAGGGCGAGCGUGAUGCUUGCGCAGGCGAUUCUGGCGGUCCGCUGGUGUGUGAUAAUUUGUUGACCGGCAUUGUGUCGUGGGGCAUUGAAUGUGCAUUGCCACGACUGCCCGGUGUUUACACGGAUGUGGCCUACUACUCCGAUUGGAUCGGUAAUGAGUUGCAGAGCUAUGUGAGUAGCAUGCAGCGUGCGAAUAAUACGAGCAAUAGCACGAGGCCGGGUAACAGCACUGGCAGCGGCAACAGGCCUGGUGGCAGCAACAGGCCAGGUGGCAGCAACAACACAGGUGGUGGCAGUUGGGGUGGCGGUGGCGGUGGUGCCAUGUCGACGUUCUCUCAUUCCGCCGUUAUACUCGCUAUGUUUGCCGCUUGGAUUACAGUGAUGAGCUAUUUCAACUGAAAUUAUGACUUUUAUAUAAUAUAUGAAUGUGAUAUUCCACAAGUAUUCAACGAUUUUAUUUAUAAAACAUAAUUGAAUAAAUGCGAAGAAAUGUGAAUUUUUAUUGGUUUGUGUUAAAA